CAGGCGGCGGGCCCCCAGGCGGAGCGACAGGCGGCGGGCCCCCAGGCGGAGCGACAGGCAGCGGGGCCCCCAGGCGGAGCGACAGGCACAGGGCCCCCAGGCGGAGCGACAGGCACAGGGCCCCCAGGCGGAGCGACAGGCACAGGGCCCCCAGGCGGAGCGACAGGCACAGGGCCCCCAGGCGGAGCGACAGGCACAGGGCCCCCAGGCGGAGCGACAGGCACAGGGCCCCCAGGCGGAGCGACAGGCACAGGGCCCCCAGGCGGAGCGGCAGGCACAGGGCCCCCAGGAGGAGCGGCAGGCACAGGGCCCCCAGGAGGAGCGGCAGGCACCGGGCCAUCGGGCACGACAGCGGGCAUCAGGUCAUUUGGCUCGCCAGCGGGCACCGCGUCAUCUGGCAAGGCAGUGGGCACCGAGUCACCAGGCACGACAGUGGGCUCCGAGUCAACUGGCAUGACUGUGGGCACUGGGUCAGACAUUGGAUCGUCUGGCUCGACAGCGGGCAUCGGGUCACCAGGCAUCAGGUCAUUUGGCUCGACAGUGGGCACCACGUCAUCUGGCAAGGCAGUGGGCACCGAGUCAUCAGGCAUGACAGCGGGCACCGGGUCAUCUGGCACUGGAUCAUCUGGCUCGAAAGCGGCCAUCGGGUCACCAGGCAUGACAGCGGGCACCGGGUCAUCAGGCACUGGAUCAUCUGGCUCGAAAGCGGCCAUCGGGUCACCAGGCAUGACUGCGGGCAUCGGGUCAUCAGGCACCGGAUCGUCUGGUUCCACAGCGGGCAUCGGGUCACCAGGCAUGACAGCGGGCACCGGGUCAUCAGGCACCGGAUCGUCUGGUUCCACAGCGGGCACCGGGUCAUCAGGCAUUGGAUCGUCUGGCUCGACAGCGGGCACU